CAGCAUAUCUCCAACGCCAAGCGCAAAGAAUUAAAGAAGCAGUUAAGGAAGCAACAAGCACAUGACCGCAAGCGGCAACACCAAGCAGGUCUUGAUUCUGAUGAUUUAACUUCCAACUCUACUGAUGAGUCAGAGGUGAUCAUUGUUAAAGACAUUGGCUGUUUGAGUAUUUAGUUAUUAUUUGAUAUGAUCUUAACUGAAGGAAUACCUAGUAACUGUUCCAGUAUCUUGAACUAAGGUAUGGAGUGCUGACUUGAGGGUUAUGAUAAUACCUACUUUUUAGACUUCACUCUCAAAGGUGCAAGAUAUUGAGUUAUAUUCACAAACCAAAAGUGUAAUGUUCAGGAUGAAUAUCUUGUUGAAGAAAUUACAUAAUUUUCUGUUAAGUGUGUGGACUAAUUAUUGUAAUACCAGUACACUUUUUGAUGUUCAAAGAUUUUCACUCAUUUUUAAAUUCAUAAGUGGCAGAUAAUAUUGAGCAUUUAUUCCCCUUAAAUUAUAUGUUUCAAUAUAUUUUAUUUGUAUUUUGUAUAAGAGUUCAUACAUAUAGAGAAAUCAUGAAACUAGUCCUACAUUAAGUUAGUUUUUACAGUAUUGCAAUUUUGACCAAACAUUGUUAUGAAAUAAAUGGCUUUGAUGCUUGCCUCAAUUGAAAACUUCCAUCAAGAAUUUACAGGGAACCAUGAUCUAUGGUAAAUUACUGUUUAUUUCAUAAGUUUACUGUAUUGAGCUAAUUAAAUUUCCACAAACCCCUUAUCUGUGGUUGUAUACUCAUCCCUGCAGUCAAGGUCGUUUAUGUUUGAUUGAUAGGCAAUAUGAUAUUUAGGUGAUGUUCAAUAUCUUUUUUUUAUUAAUUUCUUGUGAAUAAAUGUAUAUUUUUCGGAAAAAUUUGCCUCAUCUAUGAUAGCAACUCACUCUCAGCCUUCAUAUAAACAUGAAAAGCUCAUCAUGAUAUCACUGUGAAUUUUCCUAUGUACUUUAAGUGUUUUGACAUAAAUGCAGUUAAAAAUGGUUUCAUUGCAUUUUGAAUGUUUUAUUAAAGUCAUUUUGAGA